AUGGAGCGCGGAGCGGCGGAGGAGGUUCGCGGGGACGGGGAAGUGGCGGCGGGGGCGCCCCUGCCCGUGUCCCCAUUGCGGGGGGGUCGCCCCCGUGCCCCCGAGGUUGUCCGGCGGCAGCGGCGGCAGCGGCGGCGGGAGUUGGACGCGCCGUGGAGCCGCUGCCAGAUCCGCAUCGGGGGGCACCUGGAGCGCUGGUGCCGCCUCAAGGAGCAGCUCGGCUUCGCCCUGCACUCCCAGCUCGCCCAGUUCCUGCUCGACAGGGUUGGAGUCGGGCCGGCUCUGCCCCUGCUGACCCCACCUUGUCCCCGCAAGUACAGCAACCCCGGCGGUCCCCGGAGCUCAGGGGAGCCUGGCCAUCUCCACCCAGCCUCCCUGCAGCGCCUGGUUGUCCUGUCCCACGGGCACGGGCAGGAGUGCGGCUUUGUGCCCGACGUGCGGCCGCCGGUGCCGGGCAGCACUGCCCCCCUGGUCUGGGAGUGCGUGGCCGGGCACCGCUUCUCCUGGGGGGGCCCUGGGGGCCCCCAGGUGCCCCCAGAGCUGUCCGCUGUGGCAGCAACAGGUGGGAGCUCCAGCCCCAAGAAGGAGCCUGGGAAUGAGCCCCGGGAGGAGGAGGAGAAGGACCAGGAGGAGGAGGAGGAGGAGGAAGAUGACCUGGCCUACAGCGAUGACCUGAGGGACCAGAGCUACCACCCGGGCCCGGGCAGCUCCAGACCCACUGGAAGAGCAGAGACCCCCCCAGGAGAGCUGAGCCCAGGGAAGAGUGGGAUUUCCUUGGGAAUUUCCUGGUGGGACAAUGAGGGGACUCAUCCAGGUUUUUCCCGUUGCAGCUGCCGGAGGAGGACGCAGGGGAAGGACGAGGAGGAGGCUCAGAUCGGCCCCAAAAGGAUCAGGAAGGCGGCGAAGCACGAGAUCCUCCUCUGCGACUUCGAGGGCUGCGGGAAAAUCUUCUCCAACCACCAGUACCUGAACCACCACCAGAAGUACCAGCACGUGCACCAGAAAAGCUUCGCCUGCCCCGAGCCCUCCUGCGGCAAAUCCUUCAACUUCAAAAAGCACCUCAAGGAGCACCAGAAGCUGCACAGCGACCAGCGGGAUUUCAUCUGCGAGUUCUGCGCCCGCUCCUUCCGCACCAGCAGCAACCUCCUCAUCCACCGGCGCAUCCACACCGGGCAGAAGCCACUCCAGUGUGAGAUCUGCAGCUUCACAUGGCGCCAAAAGGCCUCCCUGAACUGGCACAUGAGGAAACACGACGCCGACUCCUCGUACCAGUUCAUACACCAGAUCAGGACGGGAUCUACAUUCGAUACUGUACUGAUGGAAGCCCUUUCAACCUAAGGCGACUGAAGGCCCACACCAAGACCUUAAACCAUCUUGUCCAGGAGCUGCUUUAUGCUGAUGACGCCG